ACCUUCUUCAUUUCAUUGAAUCAAAAAAUCCGCCAUGAAAGUAAUUAACAACAAUCAACGUCUAUUCAUCUUCAUUUACUUGUCCUCUCUCAUUUCUCUAUCUCUAAUUCCAUCCUCAUCUUGCGCUUUCAUAGUCACAAACAACUGUCCAUACACAAUAUGGCCGGCUACUCUAGCCGGUGCAGGCACCCCUCCUCUUCCCACGACUGGCUUUCGUCUCGACUCCGGCCAGACCCUCAAGAUCCCAUCAACUCCGGGCUGGUCUGGCCGGAUAUGGGCAAGGACCGGCUGUGCCUUCGAUGAGACUACAGGAGUCGGUCUUUGCCAAACAGGAGACUGCGGAAGAAGAUUGGAAUGCGAUGGCAUGGGAGCCUCUCCCCCCGCGUCCUUAUUCGAGAUCACACUCGGCGUCGGCGACCAAAAAGACUUUUACGACGUGAGCAUUGUCGACGGUUACAAUCUUCCACUUAUAGCCGCACCUAUUGGCGUUUUUGGCGGCGGAUGUAACGCCACGGGUUGCGUUUCUGAUAUUAACAUGGGUUGCCCUAGAGAGCUACAAGUGGUGGAUGGGGAAGAGAAUGGCGGCGGAGGCGGAGUAGUGGGUUGUAAAAGCGCUUGUGAGGCGUUUGGAUUGGAUCAGUAUUGCUGCAGCGGUGAGUUUGCGAACCCUAAUACUUGUAGACCUUCGAUUUACUCGUCCAUUUUCAAGAUGGCUUGUCCUAGAGCUUAUAGCUAUGCGUUUGAUGACGGAACCAGCACUUUUACGUGUAAGGCUUAUGAUUAUGCCAUUAUAUUCUGCCCCACCUACUCCUCCGCCGCCGGCAAUUCAAGCUCCUCCGGCAACGGGACUAGAUGGUCUGGCGGCGGUGGCGGCGGGGAAUCGACAGAACCGGUGAUUCAAGACAUUAGCCGGAGCAAAUUAGAGGGGAAAGUGUCAAAGACUGUUUCCUCGUCCACUCUCGCAAUUCCAAAGUUGUUAAUUAACUUUAUUGUUUUUUUCAUUUCAUUUAAUCUCUCACCUUAAACAAAAUAUAGUUUUUUAUUUUAUAUAAAUAUUUUUUAUAUUUUAACGGCUGAAAUUGUGCAUUGUACCUAAUUAUUCAAAUUAUGUAUUUUGUUGGAUAAAAAUGUUUAUUAUAUUAUCAAACCUUCUCAUGCGUUAAAGUUGA